AUGUCCCGGCUUCUUCAUAUUCUUAGAGGUAGAUCUUCUGGCAACAGUUUGUCUGAGAAACCCAAUCCCCAAGAUCAACUUACUUCUAUGGUUGGUGCUUUGAACGAGAGGCCUAGUCAGUUGCUGACUAUUAAAGACCAACUUAGUGCCCCUGCUGGUAGUUUUAACCUCGAGUCGGAAAAGGCUGACUCUGAAAGCAAAUCCGAUGUUGCGACUUUGAUUGACCUCGAAAACAAGGAAGUUCAAACCACCGAAAAGAAGAAAGUAAUUCUGGAUCCUACUACUCUUCUUUCACUUCCGGAAGAACUUCUCUUGGCUAUUUUUGUACACCUUAACCAAAUUGAUGCUUGUCAGAUUAGACUCGUGAACAAGAAGCUUUAUAAAUUAGGCACAAUCAAGUUGUUCAAUUCCAUAUUCGUUUAUAAUCCGGAAGAGUUAGCAAUUGCUCUGUAUAACCAGGUUUCUAAAGCGAGAUAUAAUUAUUUGGCAUUUUCAACUAGGUAUACCAUUAUAAACGGAUUUAAUGAUUUCGUAAGGGUUAGGGGUACUAAAGAAUUGUCGUUGGUUAGAAAUGUCGUGAUUUGUAUUCGUAGUCCUAAUGAUCAUUCGAAUGAUUGUUAUAAUUACCUUGUUGAAAAGUGCCCUUGGAUUAAAGUUGAUGUUGCCCUGUGGAGUUCUGAUUUGUUUGACAAGCAAUUUACAAGACUUGACAAUAUUACUCAACUUCGAGUUUGUAAAACUUUCAGAUUCAAGACAGACAUCACCGACAAUUAUUCCAUCAAACAAUUAUUUAUUAGUGGUUCUAAAAGAGGUGUAUCUGAUCCUGUGGCACUUAUCCCCCACUUAAAGGCGUUGACUUGGCUCUAUAUCAAUGAUGCGAAGGAACAAGAUAUUCUCCAGGUUUUCAGAUCAAAAAAGAUAUCCAAGUUGAAACUCUCUAUGUUGGGAUUGCACGUUCCCCAAGUUCCCCUUAAAAAGUUGGGAGAUGUGUUUACAUUGAAUGAAAUUUUCUCUUUAGAGCUCCAUUUUUAUAAUAAUGUGACCCCAUAUGACGAUUUGAAAUGGCUUGCUAGCCAAAUGACCAAACUUAGAGAUAUUCAUAUCAACUGGAAAGACUUGUCAUUUGAACGAAUUAUCGCUCUGUUUGCCGGUCAUACAUUACACCAAAUUAGAUUAUACUCUAGAGGAAAUGAGCAAGAAAUUACCGAAGAACAAAUUGCCAGACUUUUAACCGGUCGUGAGCGUACGGUGACCUAUUUAAGUUUGGACAGUGGUUUGUCUCUGUUGUCAGGCAUGUGCAGCUACUAUCGGCUAUAUAAGAGUCAUACUAAGGCGAAGCACUCUGUUCAAAACUUGCGAAAGAAGUUACCUAGAAAGCAAUAUCCAAAUCUAAUGGAUCUUGGGAUAUAUCAUCAUGUGUACGCCCUUUAA